UAUGCAUAUGCAACUUGUAGCCUACAGCAUAGCUGCACUAACCCCACUCCUCAGCCUCGUAGACGAGCUGAAAGCCCCUCCCGUUUUGUCCCUCUUAUCCCCUCUUCCCUUCCCUUCCCUUCCCUUCCCUUCCCUUCCCUUCUCCUCUCCUCUCCUCAGCAGCGUUACUCGUGAGGCCAUUCCAUUUAGCCCACCAUGGCCUCCGAAAACGAAAAAAAGGACCCCCAAGCCUCCCUCGAGGACUUCUGGUCAAGCCUCCUCACCAAAACCCCAGGCAAAGUCACCAACAUCUUCCCGCCCAGCCUGUACGCGAACCUGUUGCCGCCGCUGAAACCAAAGGGCCCCGCAAAGGGCAUCAACGCCGCCAAAAGCUACGAAGCCGCCGCCGAGGACUGCCGGAACAAGGUCAAGCGCAUCGUGCGCGAGUGCCACCGCACCAACGAGAAGUUCACGGACCCCGACUUCGACAUCGAGGACGACCUGGGCACCGGGCAGUGCCUGAAGGGGCUGCUCGACAGCGGCGCGGAUACGCCGCCGCCGGGGGCGGUGAGCACGGUUGACGGCGAUGAUUUGAGGAGCGCGCUGAAUACGCUUGCGGAGAGUGGGAUUGUGGGGAGUGCAUUGACGGUGGAUGUGGUUGCUGUUAGCAAGGUUUUGAAUGCGGGCGAGGGAGGCAGGAGUGAGGGGCCGGAUCCGAAGGCGGUGCAUAGGGUUGAUUGGAUUUAUGAGAAGCCGCAGUUUGCGGUUGAUGGGUUUUCGAGCUCGGAUGUUAGGCAAGGCGGAAAUGGUGACUGCUGGUGGGUGGCUGCUGUUGCAACCUUGUGCACCAUGGAGCAUUUGAUGGAACGGGUGUGUGUGGCUCGGGAUGAAGAGUGCGGUGUUUACGGCUUCGUUUUCCACAGAGAUGGAGAGUGGUUCUCAACUGUAGUUGACGAUAAUCUGUACCUGCGACAAAGUGACUUCGAUGCAUACGUCGACAUCUACGACCCAACCGGAGAGAAGGAAAAGAAGUGGAGAAAGAGCGAGCAGACGGGAUCCGAAGCACUUUACUUCGCCCAUUGUGCUAAUGAAAAUGAGACUUGGCUCCCGCUUCUUGAGAAAGCCUAUGCCAAGGUCCAUGGCGACUUUGACGCCAUCGCUGGAGGGUGGUCUGGCGAGGCUGUUGAGGAUAUGACUGGCGGAGUUACUACGACUAUCUUCACGAACAAAAUUCUUAGUAAGGAGAGACUCUGGAAAGAGCUGCUGAAUGAGAAAAGAGACUUUUUAUUCGCUGCUUCCUCUCCCAGUCUGGGAUCCGAUUCCGAGUCGAGACGCGGACUUGCUCUAGGCCAUGCAUAUUCGGUUCUCAAAGCCAUCGAAGAGGAGGACGAGAAUGGAAAUAAAGUAAGGCUUGUGCUGAUCAGGAACCCAUGGGGCGCUCGUGCUUGGACUGGUAUCGGAGAAUGGAACGGCCCCUGGAGCGACGGCUCCAAAGAAUGGACACCGUACUGGUUGAAGAAACUCGACUAUCAAUUUGGCGACGAUGGGAUGUUUUGGAUGUCCUAUGACGAUCUACGAAGCAGAUUCGAUAUUCUUAAUCGAACCAGGCUCUUCUCCGAAGACUGGACUGUUGUGCAGCAGUGGACCAGUCUGAGCAUUGGAUGGGUUACGGGCUAUCUCAACACCAAGUUCUUGGUUGAAAUCAAGCAGAGUGGUCCGACAGUAUUUGUGCUAUCGCAGUUGGACGACCGCUACUUCAGGGGUCUCGAAGGCCAAUAUACCUUCGAGCUCCACUUCCUGCUUCAGGAAGAAGGUGCACCUGCAGGCGAGCAUCUCGUCCGUGCGCGGAGCACCUGGUUCGGAACACGAUCUGUCAGCGCUGAAGUCGACCUCGAACCUGGCCGCUACGAAGUUAUUCCCAAGAUUGCUGCUAGCCGCGACCCCUCGAAGCCAGAAGUCCAAGAUAUCGUCAAGAAGUACGCAGAGGAGAAUGGACAGAAGCUUCGCCAGAUCGGGAUGAAUUAUGACAUUGCUAAUGCUAAGGGCAUCAUCGAGCUGACCGAGGAAGAAAAAGCAGCUAAGGAGAAGAAGGCAAAGGACAAAGCCGAUAAAGGAAAGGCUGAGAAAGACAAGGAGGCGGCAGAUAAGGCAGAGUUUGAAGAAUGGAAGAAAGCAAAAGCCGAAAAGGAGAAAAAGGCCGCAAAGGCGGCCAAGAAGGGAGGUGAGAAGACAAAAGAAGUCCCUCAAAAGGAGGAGGAGAAAUCCAAGAAGCCCGAGGCUGAGAAGGAGCGGGUCGACGAUAAAGCAGAUCAAGGAAAGUCGAAGAAGGCAGAAAGCUCUUCUGAGGACGAAGACUCCGAGACUCCUGAUUCUGACGACGACGACUCGGAUGAAUCUUCUCAACAGGGCGAGUCCUCUGCUAAAACGGACAAAGAGACACCAGCCAAACCCGCGGCUCCUGAGGCUCUAAAGCCUGCCACAAGCAAGGUCUCCGAACAACAGACUCUCAAGCCCCCUUCUGCGCUUCCAUUCCGUGGUGGACCAUCGGCACCCUCUCCGCCAGGAUCUGUGUAUGACGGCCCACCUAUGUCUGAGAUCGGGUCAUAUGCAGGUGCGUAUGCAGAUGCAGACGCUGCCGCGCCGCCGCCGCCUGAACCGGCCCGUCCUGCAACGGAAGCCAAUCCCAAUCCUUGGAACGCUAUCUGUGUGGUCGGUCUGAAGGUGUACGCGCGAGACAAGGACGUCAGCAUCAAGCUGAUCAAGCCAAAGAGUCUGGAGGAAGGCGCUAUGUUGGACGUUGAUGGUGCAACGGCUGCUGGGGCGACUAUGUAGAUGAUGGAUCUGUAAAAUGUUUGCGAGUGCUUGUUUCACUUGGUAUGAAAUUACGGAUCAUGGAAUGGUGUUUGUAUAGAGUUACUGAGUUUGGAAUAUC